CGAGUCACUCUUUCAGCUACUCUCCUCCUCAACCAAGACGUCUGUGACGUCUUCCAGCCCUUUGUUUCUACUUUCAGCUCUUCAACAGUUCUUUCACAAUAAAUCAGCCCUUAGUCACAAUGUCUACUAAGAUCCUCACCACUAUCCUGCUCGCAGCCGGUCUCGCAGCAUCCAAGCCCAUAGCCAGCCCUCAUAUCCUCCAAGAUCUUGCUCGCCGCCAGGAUGUACCAGCCAAAAUCGACACCUGCGCGAGCUCAGGUUCCCGCAUGAUAUCCGCUCUUGCUACCCUUGAAUCUAGAGCCCAGGAGGAAGUCGUUCAGAUCAACGCUGACAACUUCAUUAUCGUCAACAUCGACGUCAACAACAAGGACAACCGGGAUAGAAAUGAAGACAGGGCCAAAGAUGGAAAGGAGGACAACGCUCAGGACAAUAAAAACGCCGAUGCCAAUGCAGCCCGCGAGAAGGAGGAAGACGCGGCUGCUCAACAGCUCAUGCUCCAGCAAGUCAACAGAGCGCUUCUUGCCGAUCAGCAAGCCAAUGCUGCAAAGAAUGAGGUGGACAAUGUUUUACGUGCGAUGGCCCUCGCGCAGAAAGAGCCACAUAAGAGCACUGUCCUCUUAGUUGUGCAAGAGAUUAAGAUCAGCAUCGAGAUCGAAGUCCAAGUCGAUGACGAGAAGAAAGAGAAGAGGAAGAUUGAUACCAGUGUGUUCAAGCAAGAAGCCAUUGUAGCGAACCCGGGGCAAGCAGAUACGGAGACCGUCAUGGUCUACGACCCCCGCACACUGACUGCUACCGACGUCCCCGCCAGCCCUGAGGCUACCGAUGCCGCAAACGAUACUAAGCCUGCUGAAGUACCCGCCUCGAAGACCGUCGAAGCGGUCCUCUACAAUACGAGACCUACGUACACAGCGAUCGCCGAAGACCCAGCGGCUAUGAUGCGCGCAGCCUUGGAAGCUGCCCUCGAAGACCGACAGAAAUAUGAGAACCGCGCAAAAGAUGUGGAGUUGAACGUCGAGAUUGCUGUAGAGAUCAAGGUGGAGAUCGAGAAGGACCACGGACAGGACAACGGACGGAAUAAUGGCAGGAACGACAAGGACGAUGGUAAGAAUGACGGAAAGAACGAUGAUGACCGAAACGAGGACCGCGAGCGUGAGAGGCAGGAAAAAGAACAGCAGAAACAAGACCAAGAUGAGAGGGAGAGGAAGCAGGCUGACCAGCAGCAGCGAGAGCAGGAGAAGAAGCAAACUGAAGAGCAAGAUAAGGCCAACAAGGACGUAGAGAAGAACCGGAACGAAGCCCAGGCAAAAGCUGAGCAGAAGGCUAAGGCUGAGCAGGAGGAGGCUCAGCGCAAAGAGAAAGCCAACGAUGACGCCAACAAAGCCAAGGAGGAGCAGGACGGCAUCAAGCUCACGAUCGUGCAGUAGAAGAUGUGCAGCAGUGCAAUUGAGAGGUGAACAGGCGCUGAGCGAAGACAAGCAUAUCUUGACAUACACUACAAACGUAUACUCAUUAUACCAACAUCCAUACUAAAUCCAGAGGGUAUACACCUAACAUGCCACAAUC